CCUGAUUGGCCAAACGUGGUCGAAAUAAGAAUGCAACCUUCUUCGGUUCGUAAACCUCAAAAUCUUCCUUACUGGGAAGAUUUUCGUAAGCCUAUCAAGUUCGAGGGAGUUAACCUGGCCUACGACGCCGGAGACUACACUACUGCUAUCAAUCUUCUUACUUCGCUGCUGAAUAACACCGCGGAAUUUGAAGGUUAUUCGCGUGAACUUUUUCUCCUAGCGCGAGCUAUGUGCUUUCAGCAACUUCGCGAGUUCGAAUACGUUGUAUCUAAUACAACCGAAGUAUUGAAACGAACUUCGGUGCCGCCUUCUCCCGAGAUCCACGGAAUUUAUUUUAUUUCUCGUUGCUUGGCUCUCUGGCUUCGGAGCUCAGCCCAUGAAUCUCUUGAUAACUGGGAAAAGGUCAAGAAAGACUUGGAGGAACUAAAAUUAUUGGUCCGAAACAAUACUGUGCAUUCCGAAAGCAUGAUUUUCACCGUUUUCCCGUAUGUCCCUCCGCUAUUUAUCAUAUCGGCGAAAAACACAAUCACGAUUAAUUCGAACAGUGUUUCGGAUCGUCUUUGUCGGGCCACCGAACUAGUGAACAAAGAAAUUUCGCGUCGUAAUAAUGCGCUGCAUGCUUUCCGUUUGAUCGACGAUGAUGCAAGUGCUUUUAGUGAAUCGGGAAAAAGGUUUCAUUAUCGAUUGCUACUACGCCGUCCUCUGCAUCCGAAUAUACACAUUGGCAUGUGGUAUACCAUGGAUCUCAUGCUCGUCAGUGAGAUGGGCCUCUUCAAAAGAGAGGACAUGCAAGACCCAUGA